CCACGGCAUUCAAGAGAAAGGCUACCUGGAAUUUAUAGCGCAAAAGAGACAGAGGCAAUGCGGAAAUAGGUGGACAGUUCAUGUCACCGAGUUUGCAUCCCACUCCCAGGCUGAGGAUCUGAGAGUUCGUGGGGAUUGCAAUUAAGUGACAAGAAUUAUUUUUAUUUUCCUUCCUUUUCUCAGCGCUUAAAAUUACCAGUUUUAAACUACACUUCGCGGAGGAUUUGAAGCAUUCUUUUGCGUUUGACAUUGGGCUGAGAAGAAAUCAGAUUAUAUCUGAGGAUCAAAGCAACACUUUUAUUUUCUUGUGAACAUCAACAUGGACGUGUUGGCGAAUUACAGUAUUUUUCAGGAACUUCAGCUGGUGCACGACACGGGCUACUUCUCGGCGAUGCCGUCGCUGGAGGAGAACUGGCAGCAGACAUGUCUGGAACUGGAGAGGUACCUACAGACGGAGCCCAAAAGGCUUUCAGAAAUCUUCGACGAGGAGCUCGACUGCCUCCUAACGCCAGCCUUCAUGAAGGGAGACAGCGAUGAGGACCUGAUGGACCCCCUGCUGCCCAGUUUAUCCGAUGAGCCCAGCCCGCCACCUCUGCUCGUAUCCCUUCCCAAAAACCUUCAUGCCCCAGCCAACACCAAGAAUACAGAGGCAGGGCUGAAAGAAGCCAGCGGAGGGGUUAAUCCCGCCCAGCUAAACGCAGUCACGUCCCUCACGCCGCCUUCCUCGCCGGAGUUGGGACGCCAUCUUGUCAAGCCUACGCAAACUCUUACCGCCACAGCCGAUGGCACGCUCACGCUGAAAUUGGUGGCCAAGAAAGUUGGUCUUGGGGCGGCAAAGCUGGUGGCGACACAUUCGCUACCAUCACCACCAAAUCGCGGCACACAGAGCGAUGGAGAGGGAGGACUGGGAACGGUAGGCGGAGGGGACAUUCCAGAGAACAAAAAGAGGGUCCAUCGUUGCCAGUUUAAUGGCUGUAGGAAGGUUUACACAAAAAGCUCCCACCUAAAGGCUCACCAGAGGACACAUACAGGUGAGAAGCCUUACAAAUGCUCCUGGGAAGGCUGUGAAUGGCGUUUCGCACGAAGCGACGAACUGACGAGGCACUACCGCAAACACACUGGUGCCAAACCUUUCAAGUGCAACCACUGCGACAGAUGUUUUUCCCGGUCUGAUCACUUGGCUUUGCACAUGAAGCGACAUAUCUAAGGCCGAGGGAGACGGGAGAGAGAGAGUGAGAGAAAACGAGUGAGAACGAAGAGGAGAACAGGUGUGCACCGCCCAGACGAGAACAUUCACAACAGACUUUGGGUGCACAUGAGGGGUCUGGCCGCAAACGUCACCAGGAGGAACAUGUGAGGCAGCGUGGGCAAACGUUGUUGGAUUCUAAAUAGUCUAAAAGCCUUUUCAUCAGCGAUUAGCCAUGCCUUACCGAGUGCUAGCUUGGAGGUCAGACACUGCCAAACACCACCGUUUUUUUUUCCGUCAUUCUCUUUGUGUACAGUAAAUCAACCAUUAGCAUGGAACAGAUACUCAACACUACAUGUAUAAAACCGAAACGCACAUGCCAUUCAUCACGUAACAUAAUGGUUCUACUAGAGAAUCAUGUUCAUUGUACAUUCUGGAACUUCCUUUUUCUUUUUCCAAGGACACAUCACAAUAACCAACCUGCAGCUAUGUCGUAUACAGCAAACAACCAAACAUGGAAAACAACAUUGCCAAUACGUUCUGAGGAGUGACCAAUGGAACAAGCGGCCAAACGCAACGCCCGGCCCCCGAAGUAGGCUCUGCGUGGGAAAAAAAUGAAAAACUAAAAAAUACGGCAACGCUCAGGAUGUGUGCUGACUUCUCGUACUCUUCGCUCAGGAGCGAACUCUUCUCUGCUCUUCACGCCCGUCACCUCACGGGCAAACGAAAUGAUGCGCAGCGACACUUUCUUGCCUUUGUUUUUUGUUUUUUUAAAGACAGUGUUAAAAAGAUGGUUUGUUUUCCUUCUGAGCUGAAAUGUCUUAAACUUCUGAAAAGUAAAAACUUGCUUUGUGAACAAGCAUAAAUGUUCACAUAUGGGCAAUGGGAGGGAACUGUGAGCGGUUCUCAGUAUGCACAAGGUUCAGUGACUGCUAUCUGGCACUGAAAGGAAACGUUUGAAGCAUAAGACGGAAACAGAACCCCCCCAAAAAGAUCAGGAUUGCUGGCUUGGUAUGAAAGGACAGAAGUCUUCUGUUUUUCAUUUUGCUUUGCUCUGAUUUGAUCCGGGAAAAACAAACCAGAGCAUGUCGGCACGGACCUUGUGUGUCACUCUUGACACUGAAAAAAAGUUAUUUUGCUUUGUGUUGAUACUGGCACCCAUGUAAGAACGUAGUAGUCCGGUGCCCCGGAGGAAGCCAAUGGAGGAGGUGUUAUGGGGGGAGGGACAGCUGGCAGGACAUUUGACUCUCAGAUUGGAGCACCUGCUGGGAUCAGGAUCCAAAAGAACUUGGUGGCAUCAGCCCAGACAAACUUUGCCUGUUUCGUAUCCAUUGUCUGCACUGAUUUUUUCAAUGUUCUCUGUGCUUUUUUUCAUACAGUCAAAAAAAAAGCUCAAAAACUAAAUAAAAAAGCAUAAAAACAAAAAACUACUCAAAGGGAAAAAAGCAGAAAACAAAAAAUGCAUUAAAAAAAAACUUCACACACACACACCACAAUACAGAACGGUUUCUUUGCUCUUGCAAAAGUAGAAAAAUAAUUACCAAGUUAAUGAACAGCAUUAAAACGAAACACUGCAUGGCAGCCUUUUUCAGACAGAUACACACACUCGCACACAUACAUGCACAGCUUGCCUCUCAGCAUUAUUUGUUUUGCACAGAAAUCUUCACAGCAGGGUUUUAGCAAUUGUUGUUUUGUAGGAUUGCAUUCCAUCCAGACGUCAGACGUUAAAUCGAGAGCUUGUUGAUACACUUGAGUAAUUUUUUUUGCUAAACCGGGCCUAGGUCUAGCUCCGUUAACAAUCAGCUUCUAAAUCGUGGGGACAGAAUAUAUAUCAUCGUUCCCAAGGUUGUGAAAGCCUGUCGUGGCGUCGCAAUCAGGGCGUUUCCCUGCUGACCCUCUUCUUCUGCAUUGAUUUAAUGGCUGCAAGGGUGGAAGGGAGAUUGAAAGCCAUUACAGUUCAGCGGUAACAUGUUUCGGAGUCAUCGCAGACUCUACUAAACAAUCCCAGAGUACCUCUCGGAGGCCGCCAGAGCUUAACGAUCGAUGGCGAAACUCUCAGUGCAGCACUGCCUAAGAGUCAAGGGUUGGUGCCUUUCUCUUAGUUUAAGGCCUGCUGAAGGCAGCUCUUCACACGUACACACCAAGACUCACACACGUCACUUCUGUUUGACCACAACUACACGUUAGAUUUCAGUUGCCAUUAUUAGUUUAUUUCUUUUUAUUUCCAUGUCAUUUUCUCCAUUGAAAUGCAAAGUCAUGCCAAAAUUGACGAAACAGGAGGUGAAUCGGUUCAUCUCCACUAAUGUACAAUCAGUUGUGGUUUGUGGCACUUUUUUCCGCAAGAAGCGGCCUGUUUAUGUGACGACUGUAUGUAUGAGUUUCUGUAAAGCAAGCAAGCAGGAUGUAAUGAUACAGUGUCAUGAUGUUCUCUAAUUCCACAAAUGGGGCAAUUAUUGACAGUGUACAGCAUUCUACAUGUGUCACAUCAACUUUAAAGCUUUGAAAGGGUUACAUUUCCGUUUUGCUUGUAAGUAGCAGUGAUGAGAAGCUACGUUUGUUUCACACUGCUCUACUUUACUCUACAAAAUGACGAUUCUGCUUAUUCUUUCAGUCACCAUAUGGGAUAGAACAGCAGGAAUGCAAGAACCUAAAAAAAUGCUUCAUAUCAUUUUGACACCGACAAACAAUGAAGCCAAUCUUCAAAUCAGCACUGAAGAUAUACGUAUAAAUAUUGUCUGUUUAAAUACAGUGCAAAGCAUUGUUAAAUGCAAAACUACAAACAAUACUCCUUUUUGCUCCAGACGUUACCAAAUAAAUACGGAAUAGGCCAAUCAGAUUCAUUAGCAGGAAGCAUGAUAUAUAUAUAUAUAUAUAUAUAUAUAUAUAUAUAUAUAUAUAUAUAUAUAUAUAUAUAUAUAUAUAUAUAUAUAUAUAUAUAUAUAUAUAUAUAUAUAUUACCUUACAUAUCAAUGCCAUUUGAAACCCCUAAUAUCUCACUCUAAGAACGACAGCAGCGGUCCAGGCAAUCGCACAGGUGUCUGAUGCAUACUUUGCCCAAAGAUUUACACAUUUGCAAAUAAACUGCUGGGUGAUGAAAGAGAGACAUUUGUGUUUAACUUUAUUCUCACAGUAUCUCUUCUGCCCUACACCAGCUUCCUAUGUUUCGUUCUUGAACGUCUAGGUGACCAUUGACAUGGUCUCGAGUAUGUGAGCUUGUAAAAUACAGUUUGAAUGCAAAGUUGAGGAUGAGUUUAGAGCCUAACGUGAAGUUCAAACAGCGAAUUAGUCGCAUCGGUUCUAGCGCUUCUACAGUCAGGAAUGUCUUUAGGAUUUUAAUGCGAUCAUUCACACAAUCCUAACACAAUUCUGAUUUAGCUGUACAGAAGACCACUUUAUCUACCGCGAGUUUCCAUAUGACUUUGAAACUGAGAUAAUUCUGUGGCGGAGCAUUCUACAUGACAGUAAGAAUGUUUGAAAACAUUCUAAGGGAACAGUUUUAAGUGUACUACAUCUGGGCACUCUUCCAGUGAAGCUCCCUUCCCAAGCCGUUUGCUUUUUUCAGCUUCAAAGAGGCUUUUGGCAGCUUAAAUUUUAUAUAAAAAGAUGAUUGAAACAUCACAAGGGGAUUUUAUGACAAAAGGUCAGAGGUGACAACUUUUUCAUUUUUUAUUGUCCGUAUUGGAACAACAUUUCACUGCAUAACACUCUUCAUUGUUACAACUAGCUUAGUCUGUUUAAAUGACACUGCUGUCGAUUGUCUACAUAACAUUUAGUGGCAUUUCAAGAUGCACUUAUCACAAGAACAUGGGAACAAUUCAUUCUUCUGCUUAAUAGAUAAAGCUUGUAGGUUCAUGGCAUAACAUAAAUGGUUGUUUUAGUCAACAGUGCAUCAAAAUAAAGUCUGCUAUUCUGCUCAUAUACUCAAAUACUCAUCCAUAGGGUUCCCAGUCACUCACAAACAGAGGUGAGCACUUUUUUGUCUUGAGAUAUACUGCAUCUUGAAGUGCGUCUGUAUCCGUGUUUGUCCAAACUUGAUAUGUCAGUACAUAAGGUUUUCACCAGGUCUUUCCCUUUGGCUUUUUGCUUUCCUCACCUCCCAUCCCCAUCUAUCCCACCCUGCACCUGCAGAACCACGGUCGCUUCCUGAAAACUCUAUCACUUCAGCUUCAUCCCGCAGUUAUGCGUUAGCAGCUGUCAGCGAUCUUUUACCUAUGAAUGUCCCUAGACAUCAUUAACCAGGGAGCAACCGGCCAACAACAGACCUCAAUGCUUUCACAGGUGCUCUCUCUCUCUCUCUCGCUCUCUUAUCCAAACAUGGAUCUCGCAGACAGCCGCCAGUUGGUAGAGCAGGUACAAAUCUGAAAAAAGAAAGGAAGGAAAAAAUAGAACAGUUAUGUGCCAUCUUGAUUUAUCUGUAUGGAAGUAGGACGACAUUUUGCCAUAUGUAGGCUGAAGCAUGUAGUUUCUCGCUAGAGCAGGGACCCUCAUAUUCACUGUCCUCUCUUUCCCUCGCCACAUCACUAACACUCCACCCCCUCACUUCCUGUAAUCUUCACACUCUUCCUCUCCGUUUUUUUCUAUUCUGUUCUUUCCUUGUGUGUUUUUCUUUAUUGGUUCUUUUGCUGUACAAAGUGUUUAAAAUAUUAUUAUUUGUAUGAUAUAAUGUUAGUAUGGUAAUGUUCUUUAUUAAGGAAGAAGAUGAAAUUUAUUUUUGUUACUGGUCUGUUUCAUAAUUCUUUUUUAAAUUGGUAUUGUAAGAUAUCUAUGCAAGAACUGUUCAGUGGAGCAUUUUUAUUUAAGAAUGUAAUAAGUGUAAUAAAUGGUAGAAUCUGAA